GGAAGUCCGGCGGGCUCCGGACGUCGAGAUGGAGGAGGGCGAGUACGAGUCUGUUCUGUGUGUCAAGCCAGAGGUCCACGUCUACCGCAUCCCGCCGCGGGCCACCAACCGUGGUUACAGGGCUGCGGAAUGGCAGCUGGACCAGCCAUCGUGGAGUGGCCGGCUGCGGAUCACUGCAAAAGGGCAGGUGGCCUACAUCAAGCUGGAGGACAGGACCUCAGGGGAGCUCUUUGCUCAGGCCCCAGUGGAUCAGUUUCCAGGCACAGCUGUGGAGAGCGUGAUGGAUUCCAGCAGGUACUUCGUUAUCCGCAUCGAAGAUGGAAACGGGCGACGGGCGUUUAUUGGAAUUGGCUUCGGGGACCGAGGUGAUGCCUUUGACUUCAAUGUUGCCUUGCAGGACCAUUUCAAGUGGGUGAAACAGCAGUGUGAAUUUGCAAAACAAGCCGAGAACCCAGAUCAAGGUCCCAAAUUGGACCUAAGCUUCAAGGAGGGCCAGACUAUCAAGCUCAACAUUGCAAACAUGAAGAAGAAGGAAGGAGCAGCUGGGACUCCCCGAGCCCGGCCCGCCAGCACAGGAGGACUGAGCCUGCUUCCCCCUCCCCCAGGGGGGAAAACCUCCACCCUGAUCCCUCCCCCUGGGGAGCAGUUGUCUGUGGGGGCGUCCAUCGUCCAGCCAGCAGUUGCUCCCAGUUCAGGUCGACCUCCAGCCAGACUCAGCCAGGCACAGGCUGGGUCCAGUUCUGACCUGAGCGCAACUCUUUUUCCUCAUACAACUUCCGGAAAGGAGCUGCCUCGUCUGGGCGGAAGGAAGGAGGAUGAAGCACUCCCUGGCCAGCCUCUGUUUGGAGCAUGACUCUCUCCUCUCCUCUUCCUUGCCUGGACUCUCCUGACAGACUGGGCGUGUUAGGCAGUAAAUUGGCACCAUGUCACACUGUUUCCUGGGAUUCGAGUGUGCAGCCAGAACACAGGAGAAGAGUUCCAGGAUCCCUAUCCCUGUCUGUCCUCUUGACAUGAGAGAGACUCUGAGACUUCUUCCAUCACGAAGACUCGUAUUAAACACAAGCCCCUGAAGCAAAAGAAGGGGUCGAGUGUGCUGCCUGGAUUCAGAUCAGCCCUUCUCGGGGGGCGGGUUACAGGUGUCACGUGAUCACUGUCUGGAGGGGGGCUUUCCUCACUCCCAUUGGCUGUAGCCAUUCCAGUCAGGUGCCUUAAGAGGAGGGAUUCCUUCCUGAUUUCUAGCAGGUUAUAGGCUGCAGCUUGAACAGAUAAUCAGGAGGGAAAUCAAGAGUAUUAACCAGACUUUUAAGAUUUUUUUGAUACUCGCUUUGCUGACAUGCUGAUCUGCACUAACUCAUUGUCUUUGCAAAAGGCUUGCUCCUGUAGUCUGUGCCCGCAGGGGCCUCUGAAAGCAUUCCUCACUGUCAGUCGCAGGAGCUGCUCCGAGCCCCAGGAAGCAGUGUUCAUCUCGGCUAUGGGGCCUGGUUUCCGUGUUUGCCAGGCCGGGCAGGCGCUGGAAACCAGGUGUGACAGUGUUUGGGCUGGAAAGUGGCAGCUGUUCUCACAUAGGUGGGGCUUUGGCCUUCCCGUUCGCUGGCAGCUCUCCGGGCUCACAGCGCAGUUCCUGGCGGACUUGGGUUUUCUCCUGGGUGGUUUCUGAAGUGCCUUGUCUGCAGACAACCUCUUACUUUCUUUCCUCCUUCAGGGACUGUACAUGACAGACAGGAGUUCUGAAGCAACUGGAAGUCUAGGGUUGCCUGGUUUAUAAGAAAUAAUUUUAUAAGAAAUAAUUUUAUCUGAGCACACCUCUAAAAUUGCUUUUAUCGACAUACGUUACCUCUUAAUUGAAAGAUUUCCUUUUUGAAGGGUCAAGAUGAUGAACUGAAAAAAAGUGUUGGCCUCUUUGUGGGACCAGAUUUCUAAGAUAAAAAAUAAAUAUUUCUACUCUGUCAGUGUACGUCAAAGAUGGAAGUGUUUUUGGCGGCAUGGCUGCCAAACCCUCCAGGAUGCCUCAGCCACCUCUCGCCACUGAGCGUUUGUCCAGACUUGAAAGUCUGGGG